AUGAUAGAUGAAGGAGCUUCUGAGCUUGAAGUUGUGAAGGUUAGAGAAGAAGAGGUUGGGUAUAACAAAGAGGUUGAGGAGGAGGAGGAAGGUCGAAGCCUCAGCACUUUCUCGGAUAAGGAAGUAGAGUCUAAGGAUCUUGCAAGCCUCGAAAAGUUGGGCCCAACUGAAACUGUGGAGGAGGGCUAUAUUUCUGCAAAUGCUACAGAGCUUCCAAUACCGGAUCCUAACUCUAACUCAAGUGGGCAUCUUACUGGGGAUGUAUCUGAAGAUGAUGAAACUAACUACGAAAAUGAUAAGAAAUUAAUAAACGGUAAGGUAAAGGAUCUGAGUAUCGGAUCUCGCACCGAGGAGGGCGUAUUAACAGGGGGAGAAGCUGCUUCUGAAGAGGGGGAAGAGCCUGGCGAAACUGAAACUGUGGCCGAUAAUUCUGUCCCAGGUAAAUCAGAUAAACAGGGAAUAAAGGGUAUCCCUAGGAUUCCUAGAAGAAGGUCGAGGAGUCCUAGUCUCGAAGAGGGUCAGAGCGUCGAGGAGUUUAGCAAAAUCAGCGGUUCCUUUUCGCCUCAUAAUUCAGGUACAAUUGACUCAAACCAUAAGAAACGCAGGAAGAGAACAAGUUCGGGAUGGGACGCUCAGAACAACAAUAGCUGCAACUCCCCGAACUUGGCUCCUAUACCAGGAAAUCCCCAUGGUCACUUUUCAGGUGUAUCUGGAGCCUUAUCUGGGAAUAACGGAGUUGUAACUAAUUCUAAUUCGAAUUUGGGUAUGGGUCCUGGACACUCUAACGUAGGAUCCGGAACUGGUAUUGUAGCAAGUUCUACAGUGGGCUCAGGAACAACGACGGGAGCGGGGCCCAGGCAAAACAGUCAGAUCUCUCGUAUCUAUGUGGGUUCACUUGAUUAUUCACUAAACGAGGCUGAUAUCAAGCAGGUCUUUGGCUCAUUUGGGCCAAUCGUGAACAUUGACAUGCCCAGAGAAGGCAACCGCUCUAAAGGCUUCUGCUUCAUUGAGUACACAUCGCAGGAGUCAGCAGAGAUGGCUUUGGCCACAAUGAACAGGUUUGUACUAAAAGGAAGGCCAAUUAGGGUAGGCAGGCCUACCAACGCAGCAACUAGUAGUGGUAGUCAAUCCGGAAGUGGAGGCAUAGGGGGUGGCUCAGGGAAUGUCGUUAAUCCAAAUAUUGCUGUUUUUAAUAACAACCAGAUUACACAUCCAAAUCAUCAAAUUCAAUCGGAAACCACUCAUGGAACAGGAAUUGCAACCCAUUCACAGAAUAGAAUUUAUAUCGGCUCUGUUCCUUACUCAUUUACAACUGACGAUCUAAGACAUAUUUUCAAGGCAUUUGGCGUGAUUCUUAGUUGCCAGUUAAUUCCCUCAAUAGAAAAGCCAGGUACCCAUCGUGGCUACGGCUUUAUUGAAUUUGGUACUGCAGAUCAAGCAAAGCUUGCAAUCGAAACUAUGAAUGGCUUUGAAGUCGGUGGAAAACAACUCAAAGUUAAUGUUGCAACAGCGCUUAAACCACAAGUAGGUGGUGGGGGCGGAGGAACUCAAUCAGGUGUUUCAGGAGCCACAGUAGGCCAGAUACCAAUGAUUAAUCCUAUGCAAAAUGUAAUACCCUCCCAAAUACCUUCAAUGGGUAUUCCUCAUCAAAUGGUUUUACCUUCAAUGAUGCAAAUGCCUAAUGUGGCCCCACCCCCACUCCCGAUAUACCAACAACCACCUGGAUAUACAUUAAGCAAUGGACCGACUCCCUAUCAAAUCCCCAAUACCAUUUCAGGAUCUACCAAUAACUCCAAUAUUAUUUUGCUUACAAACAUGGUCGGCCCUGAUGAAAUUGACGAUGAACUUAAAGAGGAGGUUAAAAUUGAGUGCAGCAAGUAUGGAAAAGUUUACGAUGUCCGUAUCCAUGUAUCAAAUAAUAUUUCCAAGCCUUCAGAUAGAGUACGUAUUUUUGUCGUUUUUGAAUCACCUUCUAUGGCACAGGUUGCUGUGCCUGCACUUAAUAACCGUUGGUUCGGUGGCAACCAAGUUUUUUGCAGCCUUUACAAUACUGAAAGAUACUACUCCUCCUUCCUCGAUGACUAG